AUGUGGAGUGUCUCUUCGCGGCGCGCCUCUCUAGCGCUAAUGCGGGUGCAGGGUUCGGGAUCGUCUUCAGAUAUGUGGGGCCCCUGCGUGUUGCCUGAGGGCGCAGCCAUUGUGCAGCGGUGGUCCCGCGGGGGAACGGCUGCUGCUGCUGCUGCUGCAGCAGCAGCAGCAACGGGAACAGCUGCAGCAGGAAGCACGGGGUCGCCUCCAGGGUCUCCUAGUGGGACUGGAGACGCCUCUGGAGGCGGGAACGCUGGGGAUCGACGGUCCCCAAGGAGACAACCCACUGCUGCCUUCCGGGCCUUCCCUGCUGUUAAGAAGUUCAGUAGGGUGGCCUGCCUUGCACUGCCUGAGGAAGCAGCAAAUGCUGCAAGCAGGCUGGGGUACGCGCGGCUGCAGCUGCUGCUGGGUUAUGUGGUGCCGGAGAUACUGGAUGAGGAAGCUUUCAUUGAAGAGACAGGCGACAGAGUUCACGAGACAGCGGAGACAGCAGAGGAGCCUCAACCCGCAUUGCAUGUCCCUUAUCGCCCGUACAUUGUGGUGAACCUCAACGGCCGAGACAUAUACCGCAGCGCAGUGCUGCACUGCGACUCGACCAGGCCCAGUGACUGUCUCCAAGGAGUUUGGAAUGAAAGGAUUGAGAUCCAGCUACACCAGCCGUACAGCGUGCUGCGGCUAGCGCUGUAUGAUAGAGACACCUCAACCUCCGCUGUUGGUGGAGACGAAUUGCUGGGGGCUGCGGACUUUCAUCUUCAUCUUUUGCUGCCGCAGCGCAUAUACGACAUUACAACUGUGUUCGCGCCCUUCGCUGUACUCGAUGAUGGGGUCUUGUCUGGAAAGGAAGAGGCAUUUGCGGUGCUGCAAGGCAGUCGUUAUUUGCACCGCUCGCAAGACACUCGGGCCCUCAUCAAGGAGUCUCCUUGCAGCGUUUGCGGCGAGCACAGCGGCAGCUGCAAGCACAGCAGCAGCAGCCGCCGUAACAGCAACAGCAGCAGCAGCAGCAACAGCAGCGCCAUGGAAGCAGAGGCCUCGUCGUUGUAUACAGUCGAGCUUGACGAAGAGGCGAUUGCGAAGGACCUGCAGCACCAGCUGCAGUUGCAGCUGCAGCAGCAACAGGGAGAGGGGGAGGGAGACUUUGCUGGCUGUCGGUUGCGGCUGAUGCUGCAGCUGCUGCCGCACAAGGAUUCAAAGUGCAGCACCAUUCCCUUACUUGAUGAGGUCUCCGCGUUGUUACUGCCGACCCCACAGGAGACACAAGAGGCAGCGCUGCCGCCGCUUAACUUCCCUGCAGUUUGGAGUGACAUCCAGGAUGCCCAGAGGAAGCUCACUGAAGGGCCUCUGCGGGUGCUUGCUGCAGGGGUAUACGACGCGGUGUAUUGGGAGCGGCCAGUGCUGAGUAUUGCGUGUCUCUUAGCGUUUGUCUUUCUAUGGAAGCAUCCGUGUUUCUUGCCUGCUGCUCUGUUGUUUCUCUCAGGCCUGCUGCUGCUGAUUGUCUCCUUCAUACAGCUGCCGCUUCCUCCCGAGGAGGCUUAUUCAGCUGGCAGGGGGGACAGCGCCGCAGCAGCAGCAGCGGCAGCAGUAGCAGCAGCCUCCGUAGCAGAAGCAGGACGCGAAGGAGACAGGGGAAUAUCUGCUGAGGGGCCCCGCCAAAGGGGCCGCCCAGGGUCUCUUAAGGCCUUUGAAGUCAGCGAAUCAGAGAACUGCGCGGAGACAUCUUUGCUGCGGUCGCUGCUAUCUGCUGCAGUGCCGCCUCCGCUGCAGCUGCGCGUGCGCCAAGGCCACGUAAGAUAUGCAGCAGCACCAUCACCACAGCAGCAGCACAGCAGCACAGCAGCACAGUAG